GUGCUCCAGUGACAGACUGGGAUCUGCUGGCUACUGGCUGACACAACAGAAAGUAAUCUCCCUCCACCAUGUAUCACCUGAGGGUGCCUGUGCUUCUACUCAUGCCGCUCGUGUUGCUGCGCUGCGUCACCGCCGCCCCGAGCUACAGGUACUUCAGUCCCAGCUCAUCCAGCGAGCGGGAAAGUGGUCUCCCAGACGGCUGGUUAGCUCCUGGGCUAAUCUCCAACUCUUUCCUCGGCCUCGUUGCUACACGACCGCAGAGGGGGCUCACAGCGACGAACAGCCACCACAUAGAGAAAAGAAAAUGCAACACAGCCACCUGCGUCACCCAAAGGCUAGCAGACUUCCUGGUCCGCUCCAGUAACACCAUCGGCACCGUCUACGCACCCACCAACGUGGGAUCCGGCACCUACGGCAAGAGGGAGCUCCUGCAGCCUCCCAGCUUCCUGCCUCUCUAG